CUCUCUUCUGCAUCGCCAGAAAAUUGUCUUGGCGUGCUUUUGCAAAGUUGUUCUGUUUUUGUGUCAAAUCCAUUUCUCAUAAAUAGCAAAAAUGUACGGCGGCGAAGAAUUUAGCACCCCGGAUUACUACGAUGACUUCGCGCACACCGGUGACCCGCAGCUGGAUAUGGAGUAUGAGCGCACCUAUUUUGCCCGCAUGCCGGAAACCGUGAAGUACUUCCUUAUGAACUUCUGCCAGGCCAUCAAGGAGGGGAAUCUCUAUGACAUACAAAACAUGUAUGAGAAUACAUUCCCGCAGAUCAGCGAUCAUCAUUUCGACAAGUCUGCCUGGCCGGAGGAACAGGAGGUCGCCACGAUUGUAGACAAUGACAAGGUGUUUCUGAUCCUGUAUAAGGAGCUGUACUAUCGCCACAUCCAUGCACGCAUACCGGGAGGUCCUAAACUGGAGCAGCGUAUUAACUCGUUCUUCAAUUACUGCGACUUUUUUAAUCUGAUUAUUUCAUCGCAAAAUCCGGUUAUGCUGGAAUUGCCCGACAUUUGGUUGUGGGAGCUUGUCGAUGAGUUCGUCUACCAGUUCCAGAAUUUUGCGCAAUACCGUGCCCGAUUGACUGACAAGUCGCAGGACGAGAUUCAGCAGCUGUGCGUUAACCAUAGCAAUGUUUGGAGCAUUCUCUGCAUUCUGAACGUACUUCACUCAUUGGUUGACAUUUCAAACAUUAAAAAACAACUGGAAGCCAUUUCCCAAAGCGUUGAUCCGCAGACAGUUGCAGGGGACUUUGGAAAGCUCUCCUUCUAUAAGAUGUUGGGAUAUUUUUCACUGGUGGGUCUGUUGCGCGUGCACUCGCUGCUCGGUGACUACUACCAGGCCAUUAAGGUGUUAGAGCCUAUUGAAAUCCACAAGAAAUCGGCCUAUUCGCACAUACCCGCCUGCCAAAUAUCGACCUCGUAUUAUGUGGGCUUCGCCUACAUGAUGAUGCGUCGUUAUGCGGAUGCCAUUCGCACUUUCUCAGAGAUCCUGUUAUACAUUCAACGCACGAAACAGUUGUACAGCACACGAUCUUAUCAGAACGACCAGAUUAACAAGCAGGCAGAGCAGAUGUACCACCUCUUGGCAAUUUGUCUGGUUUUGCAUCCACAGUGCAUCGAUGAAUCUAUUCAGCAGGUUCUGCGCGAGAAGAACUACCACGAUGCAAUGUUUAAGAUGCAGUGUGGCGACCUAGACGUAUUCAAGUCGUUCUUUAUAUUCGCAUGCCCACGUUUUGUCAGCCCUUGUCCACCUGCUGCCGAUGCGCCCAUGGAGGACUAUGUUAAAGACCCCAUGGAGCAUCAGUUGGUGGUGUUUAUGGACGAGGUGCGUCAACAGAAGGAUUUGCCAACUACUCGUUCAUAUUUGAAGCUAUACACAACAUUGCCGCUAGCCAAACUGGCCUCCUUCAUCGAUCCCAAUGCUAGCGAGGAUGACGUGUCCAAGCUGCUGAUACGUUUGCUUUGCUUCAAACACAAGAUGCGCAAUUUGGUUUGGAGCAAAGGCCCUAGCGGGCUGGAGGGCACCUUCAAGUCUGGUUCGGAGCUCGACUUCUACAUUGACGAUGACAUGAUCCAUAUAGCCGAUACCAAGGUCUCGCAUCGUUAUGGUGACUUCUUUGUGCGUAAGAUAAUGAAAUUCAACGACCUGAACCGCAAGCUGAAGAACAUCAAUAUUUAAGACCACUAAGUAUGUUUAUGGUUCUAUUUUAUAUGUAUUCCAAACUAGAUUCUUUUGCUUUAAGAACAAUAAAUGAACUGUGCGCCCAAAGGAAGGUGCAGCAAAAGGUCACCCAAAUGCUCUAAAUUCUAAUUCACUCAAGGAAAUAGUCGGGACCUCAUAUUUUUAAACAUUUCACUUUAAUAUUUAUUUUAACAAUACCGCUGUUAUAUAAAAUUUGUAUGUAUCUCUAUAAGGAAA